UAUCAAAUGCCAAAACACAUUAUAAAAACGGAGCAUUAAAUGGGCAGUCCACCUUUGUCAUAAAUAGUCUUCUCAAUAGUCUUUUCAGCACAAAUUUUUCAGUGUGGUUGUCCAAGAGCCACAUGUUUCGAACUCUGCCAAUAAAUACUCUGUACAAGUCUUGAAAUUUUAAAAAUAUGGUUGAGUGUUCUACUCUCUUUAGUUGGUGAGUAAAUUUUUACUUUGUACUCCGUAUUUAACACAUACUAGUACAAAAAACAAUCAAACAUCUUCCGUCGGGUUGUUCAAGAAAAAACCGAGAGAGACCAUCCAUAAUUGAAGGCCUUGAAAUGAAGAUGAAUCAGGUUUUCGUCCAAUGAACAAACCUAUCUAAGAAACAACCGGCCAGUUCCAGAAGCACAAACUUUCCGAGAAGCAGAGUUGCCUCAAAACCCUCGCAGCAGCCAGCAAGCACAAGUCAGUUGAGCUGAUUAUCAGGACUACUAUAUUCCAAUUGCUCGAGAGCUUCUUCUCCGACGGCAACAAUCUCGACCUACGAUGCCAAUACAUUUUUCUUCCCGGUCAAUCGCUAAUUUUUCUUUCUUUUCUUCCCUUUUCUCAUUUCGCCACCUUUCUAGAAAAUCCUUUCAUUAAAUAAUUUUGUCUGGGGCCUCCAAAGUCCUCAAGACGUCUCUAAUCCUCUCAAUCCUUCGAACUCUCAUAGGAUAAGAUGUGGAUCCUAGCAAUUUUAGUGCACACAAGAAAGAAAAUCUGUUGAAAGGCUUGUUGCAUCCAUUGAGAAAGAUUCUGUCUAGGAUUUUGGUAUAGAAAAGGAAUGUUUGUUUAGGCUGCAAGGCAUGCAUACUCAUCGUGUGGACUUUCAACUGUCCUUGAGUGGACGAGAAAGAACUUUGAUUUGCUUCAUAAAGUUCUUGAGCGGAACUCUGGGGCCUUGUUGACACGAGAAGAAAUCAACUUGGCUGCUGACUUGAAAGCGAGAGAUUUGGAAAUAGUCACAUUGCUAUUAAACAAUUGCGUUCUUGAUAGUUUUGCCGAUGAAAUUGAUCAUCUUAAAUAUGAGAUUUCUGUUGCGGAUCAGAUUGAUCAUGGGCUAUUUUUUUACAAACGAACCAAAUUUUUGGGAGGAUGCCUCUCCUCAUCUUAAAAGGAUACAAAAAGAGACAUGGUCAAGAAAUCUGUUGAAGAAGACCACAAAGAGCUGGACCACUUAUUUCUCGAGAAUUGCAUAAAAGAGCAAAUUGAGAAAGAAAAUCUGUUGAAAGGCUUGUUGCAUCCACUGAGAAAGAUUCUGUCUAGGAUUUUGGUAUAGAAAAGAAAUUAUGGCAUAGUUGACGCAUAUGAGCGGGAGAAUCUGCACCGGUGCGGGCGAGAACAGGCCUCAAAAGAUUUUUUUUCGUCUAGAGCGGUAGACUGGGGAACAAGCCAAAGAGCGGGAGGCGCAGAUGCUAUGUUUUGUAUCGGGGAGGUGAAGUAAUGCGGCUGUGAGAAAGCUGUGAAUGGGAGGAAGGUGAAUUAGGCGUUAACCUAGGCUGAGAGAAAGUACUUAUUUAGCGAUAAUUAUGUGAUGAUUGAUGAAUGAAUGUGCCGGAGAAAUUUCUCUCUCAGUCUCUCCUAUGUAUAUAAACACAUAAGCGGUUCCGUAUUUGUUUAUUAAUCACGUAUACGGUUCCGCCACGCUUGAACCCCAAAUCUCUUCGCCUGUUUCUUCCCUCUCCCGUUUGUUGACUCUUUUCCUCUUUUACGUUGGUUAUGACCAUGGCUAAGCAAAAGACUGAAAGAUGAAUGGGAGGAACAGAGGGCAGCACAUGCAUGCGAUCUAUUUCCAAAGGAAUGUGAUUUCCUUAGGGUUUGUUCCUGCCUGGAGUGCCUGCAGAAAAUAAAGAUGCUCAUGGAUUUUGAAGAAGAGAUGAAGUCUAGGCGAAUCCAAUAAAAGGAAUGUUUGUUUAGGCUGCAAGGCAUGCAUACUCAUCGUGUGGACUUUCAACUGUCCUUGAGUGGACGAGAAAGAACUUUGAUUUGCUUCAUAAAGUUCUUGAGCGGAACUCUGGGGCCUUGUUGACACGAGAAGAAAUCAACUUGGCUGCUGACUUGAAAGCGAGAGAUUUGGAAAGUCACAUUGCUAUUAAACAAUUGCGUUCUUGAUAGUUUUGCCGAUGAAAUUGAUCAUCUUAAAUAUGAGAUUUCUGUUGCGGAUCAGAUUGAUCAUGGGCUAUUUUUUUACAAACGAACCAAAUUUUUGGGAGGAUGCCUCUCCUCAUCUUAAAAGGAGAUACAAAAAGAGACAUGGUCAAGAAAUCUGUUGAAGAAGACCACAAAGAGCUGGACCACUUAUUUCUCGAGAAUUGCAUAAAAGAGCAAAUUGAGAUUGCCAUUGAUUAAACUCUCCUUACUGGAAGCUCUUUCUGCUGAAGUGUUCUUAUCAAAUGGUUUUUUGAUAAGGUGUACUUCCGGUGAUUUUCUUGAGUGUGCUGUAGAAAUUAUGGCAUAGUUGACGCAUAUGAGCGGGAGAAUCUGCACCGGUGCGGGCGAGAACAGGCCUCAAAAGAUUUUUUUUCGUCUAGAGCGGUAGACUGGGGAACAAGCCAAAGAGCGGGAGGCGCAGAUGCUAUGUUUUGUAUCGGGGAGGUGAAGUAAUGCGGCUGUGAGAAAGCUGUGAAUGGGAGGAAGGUGAAUUAGGCGUUAACCUAGGCUGAGAGAAAUUAUGCAAAAAGAGACGUGGUCAAGAAAUCUGUUGAAGAAGACCACAAAGAGAUGUAUCACUUAUUUCUCGAGAAUUGCAUAAAAGAGCAAAUUGAGGAAGAAUCAUUAUCACCUUUUCCCAUCAUUUGCAAUGGAGGCAAAGAUUCAUUAUAUUUUGGCUUGAGAUUAUGAUGGAAUAAAGCAAAAUGACUCACUGCCCUAAAUAAGGCGUGCCCCAUUGAUCCAUUACCUCUGCCCAAUAGGAAUCAACUUGUUAAUGCGACAACAAAGUGUGAGCUCAUGAGUUUUCUGGAUGAUUUUCGAGGCUACCACCAGUUAUUUAUUGGAAUAAAUCAGUGGCUCUUUCCCUACGUAUCGCGCACAUGAGAUUUCGGGCGGUCAUACCAAAAGUUAAAAUUGAUGUUUCCUUGGUGGGUGGGCCUGCGGAUAGGCACGUAUAAAAACCAACAUGCAUUUGGGUAGGUCAAUCCCGCCUUGCCCCGAGACAUUUGGGGUAAGGAACACACAUGUAAGUUGAAGAAUUAUAAGCUGAUUUUAGUAGAAGAUUCAGAGGGUGAGGAGGACCAGGAAGGGACAACAACAGAAUUGGCUGAGGAAGAGGAGAUUAAUAUGGAGUCUAAAACCAUGCAAUUAUCCUUCAUAAACCAAGAAGGAAAACCCUCCAUGAGGGCUUUUAGGGUUCAGGGGAUUCUGAAAUGGGCCAAGGGAGAGAAGCUAGUGGAUGUUCUAAUUGAUAGUGGGGCCUCACACAACUUCAUAUCCCAGAAAGUGGUAGAGCAGAUAACCCUCCCUUACCAGAUCGUUGCUGGCUACCAAGUGCAGCUUGGGAAUGGUGAUAGGGUCUUCAACAAGGGCAGGUGUGAAAAACUCAUUCUGAGCUUGCAGGGAGCUGUCAUUCAACAAGAUUUCUACAUGCUGGAGUUGGAGGGAGCUGACUUGGUUCUUGGCAUGGAUUGGUUGACUGGAUUAUGGGAUGUGGAGAUUAACUUUCAGAAGAGCAUAAAGUGGCAUCAUCUGGGGAUAAGUCAAUCGAUUCAAGGGGAUCCUAAGUCAAACUCUAUGGAGGUAUCUCCGAAGACCACGUCCCAAACUGUACAGGAGAAUGGUGUGGGCUAUCUUAUCUACUGGGAAGGCAGAAAAUGGGAUGGAGAGGGAAUUGAGCUAAAGGGUUCCAAGUUGGAAGGAAUCGAGGGGAAGAGGAAAAUUGAUUACACAGUUGAAGUUGAUAUGGGAGUUCUUAUAAGGGUUCAAACUGGUUUGUUCCUGGAUCCAUUUAGAGCUGCAACGCCUCAUAGCAGGACUGCCUUAGAACCCUUACAUGAAGAGGUUGGUUACAAGGAGGAGGCUUCAAGUGUAAUUCCAGGGAAUUUUUAUACCCAGUUUCUGCCCCUGUUGGUUGUGGAAAAGGUGAUGAUGAAAGUGAAAUAAAUGAAGCUCCCAGAGCAGAAAACCAAGAGGUACUGGGAAGGAAGAGGUUCCAGGAUGAAGAGGAAGUUCAAGAUCAAGGUUGUGUCUUAAUACCCACCUUGAGGGCAAGGUGGUUAAUUAGGGGGGGAGUAAUGUUAGGAAUCUGCCUAUUGAUUAUUUCAAUAGGGUAUUUGAAAGGAGAAAUAAAAGGGGCUGAGGUCAUUUAAGUGGGCUGGGGUCAUUUAAUGAGCCUGUUUAUCUAUUUUAGUCCUGGCGUGGACCUACUACUAUAAAUAAUAAGUUGGGUAGCUAAUAAUAGGUAGAUUGUUAUUUUUAGAAUCAAGUGUUGCCUGGUUGCCUAAGAAGUCCCUGUUGCCUUUGUUGCCUACGUUGAGAUCUUUCCUAGCAAUAAACAUCAUCUUCCCUAUCAUUUUUAUCAGAUCUGUGUUGCUUGUUACUGUUUGAGCUCAGAUUAUUACCAGGUUCCUAUCAUUUUCAAAGCUAGUUUGGAUAUGCCACCUGUCAGACCUUGUGACCAUGCUAUAAAUAUCAAGGAAGGGGCCAAUAUACCAAACCUCAGACCUUACAGGUAUUCAUAUGAUCAAAAUAAUGUGAUUGAGACUAUUAUUCAAGAAAUGCUAAGCUCUGGAAUAAUCAGAAACAGUAACAGUCCUUAUAGCAGCCCAGUGUUAUUAGCUAAGAAGAAGGAUGGGGGUGGAGAAUGUGUGGAGAUUAUAGAGCAUUGAACAAGAUAACCAUUCCAGACAAAUUCCCUAUACCAAUUAUUGAAGAACUCUUAGAUGAAUUAGGGGGAUCUAAGGUGUUCUCUAAAUUGGAUUUAAAGUCUGGUUAUCACCAGAUUAGAAUGAAAGAGGAGGAUGCACAUAAAACAGUUUUCAGAACCCACGAAGGGCAUUAUGAAUAUGUUGUCAUGCCAUUUGGGUUGACCAAUGCACCUUCUACCUUUCAAGCGUUGAUGAAUGAAGUCCUGAGGCCUUUUUUAAGGAAGUUUGCUCUAGUGUUUUUUGAUGAUAUUCUGAUUUAUAGCAAAUCAGAAGAAGAGCAUGUUGAGCAUUUAAGAAAGGUACUACAAGCUUUGAAGGAGAACAACUUGGUAGCCAACAAAGCUAAGUGUUCCUUUGGGCAGACUACCUUGUCAUAUUUGGGUCACAUUAUAUCUGAAGAGGGGGUGUCUGCAGAUCCUAGAAAAAUAGAAGCGAUGGUCAGUUGGUUGGAACCCAAGAGAUCUGAAGAGCCUGAGGGGUUUUCUGGGGUUGAGAGAGUACUACCGGAGGUUUGUAAAAGGGUAUAGCAGAAUUGCUGCUCCUUUAACACAAUUAUUGAAGAAGGACAACUUCCAUUGGGGAAAGGAGGCUAGUAUGGCUUUUGCAGAACUGAAACAAGCCAUGACAUCCUUACCAGUCUUAACCAAUCCAGAUUUCAAUAAAGACUUUAUUAUUGAAACAGAUGCUUCUGGUAAAGGGCUGGGAGCUGUAUUAAUGCAAGAAGGGAGGCCCAUAACAUACAUAAGUAAGGAAACUAUCUAUCAAGCAUCAGACCAAGUCAAUUUAUGAGAAGGAAUUAAUAGCAAUAGUUUUUGCUGUUCAGAAAUGGCGACCUUAUUUAUUGGGGAGGAAAUUUGAAGUACAUACUGACCAGAGAAGUCUUAAAUACUUAACUGAACAGACAGUCAUGGGGGCAGAACAGCAGAAAUGGAUAGCCAAAUUGCUAGGCUAUAAUUUCUCUCUCAGAUACAAACCAGGUUUGGAGAACAAAGCAGCAGAUGCUUUGUCCAGGAAGACUCAGUUUAAUUCAAUCUCAAUAGUCACUUGUUUGGAAUGGGAAGGAUUGGAGGAGUUGUUAGCUGAUCAGAAAUGUUAUGAAACCAUUCAGAAGGUAUUAAGUCAACCAGAUCAAGUACCAGAAUUCAGAUUGAAGAAGGGAUUGCUGUAUUUUAAAGGGAGGUUAAUGUUACCAAAAGGGUCUCCUAGGAUUGCUAAAAUCCUUAAGGAGUAUCAUGAUUCAGCCACAAGAGGUCAUUCUAGAAAUUUCAGAACUAUGAAAAGAAUAUCAACCUUAUUCUAUUGGAUCGGUACGAGAAAGGAUAUUCAAGAUUAUGUUCAAACAUGUGAAAUAUGCCAAAGGAACAAGUAUCAGGCAUUGAAACCAGCUGGGUUGCUACAACCUUUACCCAUUCCAGAAAGAAUAUGGGAUGAUAUAAGCAUGGACUUUAUUGGUGGAUUGCCCAAAUCUAAAGGGAAGGAUACCAUUUUGGUGGUUGUUGACAGGUUAACUAAAUUUGCACAUUUCAUAGCCCUUAAACACCCAUAUACUGCUAAGGAGGUAGCUGAGUUGUUUAUUAAAGAAGUGGUGAAGCUGCAUAGAUUUCCCAAAUCUAUUGUGAGUAACAGAGACAGUAUUUUUUUGAGCAAAUUCUGGUCAGAAUUAUUCAGAUUGGCUGGCACUCAACUGAAUUAUAGCACACAGCUUACCAUCCACAAUCUGAUGGGCAGACUGAGGUGGUGAACAAAUGUCUGGAGACAUAUUUGAGAUGCUUGACUGGGAAGAAACCUAAGGAGUGGAUACAUUGGUUACCUUGGGCAGAGUAUUGGUAUAAUACCAAUUACCACAUAUCCCUAAAACAGACUCCCUAUAAGACACUUUGUGGACAAGAUCCACCUGUAAUCAUCAAAGGAGGUGUAUCUAUUACUGCUAUUGAUGAAGUGGCAAGGAUGACUGCUGAAAGAAAUGGACUGUUAAAUGAAAUCAAGGAAAACUUAGCUAUUGCUCAAAAUAAGAUGAAGCAACACGCUAAUAAGCACAGGAGGGAACUGAAACUAGAAGUUGGGGAACAAGUUUUUCUGAAGAUUCAACCAUACAAGAUGCAGAGCUUGGCCAAAAGAUUGAACCAUAAAUUAAGUCCCAGGUUCUAUGGACCUUUUGAGGUUAUUGAGAAGUUGAAUGAUGUUGCUUUCAAACUGAAGUUACCAGAACAUUGUUUGAUACACCCAGUAUUCCAUAUUUCUCUACUCAAGAAAGCAUUAUCCCCAAACACUCUUUGUCAACCGUUGCCUAAAUGCUUGAAUGAGAAUUGGGAAUUGCAGGUUACACCAGAGAAGGUGGUGGAUACCAGAAGAAAUGUGGAUGGAGUAACAGAGCUUCUCAUACAGUGGAAGGAUUUACCUGAGUUUGAGAGAUCUUGGGAAGAUGCACAAGUAUUGAAGGAGCAAUUUCCAUACUUCUAUCUUGGGGACAAGAUAGAUGUUCAGCCGGGGAGUAUUGAUAGAAGCACAGCUAAUUCGAACACUAGAGAUAAAUACUUUGACAGGGUGUAUUCUAGAAGGAAGAAAUAAGCUGCUAGUUAUUAGUUAUAGUCUGUUAAUAACUAAAUAACUACUUCUGUUGUUCGAACUACUAUAAAUAGAAGGGAGGCUGAGGGAAAUAGGCAGGCUGUUAAACUGUUGUAGUCUGGACUGGGAAAGAUUGAGAUUCACUGUCUCUCUCUUUUGGGGCUUCGGCCUUUGUUGUUGGUUUCAUUCAAUAAAGUUCUGGAGAUUUCUUCUAUAUUUUGUUCUAUAUUUUUCUGUGAAAUUGUUGUGAUCUAUCAUAAUUCUUGCCACUAAAUGCUUGUUUCUUUUUAUUUAAUUUUUGUGUAGGUGAGUGGAGAGCUCGAAAGGCAUCCUACAUCCCUCAUUUGACUUGAGGCUUUUUACUGACUUCAUUACCAUAGUCAAGGAUGUGUUUUACCUAUUGUGAAAGCUUGAGCUACUAGAGAUGUCGAACAUAGUUAUGAGUCAUAUUUUAUGUGUAUCCUUAACUCUAAAUAACUAAUGCAAUAGAUCACCUGCUAUGAAGGGAAGUUGAUGUUGAUCUCUGGAAUCAUUGGAUAACUUCUGCAAAGCACAUUCUUUUUCAAGAAGCU